GAGCUCGACGCCGCGCUGAGAUCGACGACGCAGUCCAAGAAGCUGGACGGCCUGAAGCGCCUCAUCGCGAAGAUGUCCACGGGGCAGGACGUCUCGAGCUUCUUCCCGUCGGUCGUGAUGAACAUCGGCGAGGCGACGUUCGAGGUGAAGGUGCUGGUGUACAUUUACCUCGUGCGCACCGCGGAGCAAAAGCCGGACGAGGCGCUGCUCUCCAUCAACUCGUUUCAGAAAGAUCUCGCGCACGCCAACCCGCGCGUCCGCGCGCUCGCGCUGCGCGUCAUGUCGAGCAUCCGCGUGAACGUCAUCGUCCCGGUCGUCAUCCUCGCGGUGAAGAAGUGCGCGUUGGAUCCAUCGCCGUACGUCCGCAAAUCAGCCGCGCACGCGAUCCCGAAGGUGUUCAGACUGGACGCGACGCGGGUGGAGGAGCUGGUGGAGAUCGUGGAGACGAUGCUUCGCGACAGCACGCCGUUCGUGCUGUCGUCCGUCGUCGCGGCGUUUCAGGAGGUGUGCCCGGACCGGAUCGACCUCAUCCAUCGGCACUUCCGGAAGAUGUGCCGCAUGCUCGUGGACGUGGACGAGUGGGGGCAGGCGCGUUCUGCUUUACGAACGUUUCUGCUGCUGUCGUACGCGCGAACGCAGUUUUUGCGACCGGACGGCGCGAAGAAGGCGGCGAAAAAAGCGGAAAAACGCGCGCGGGAGAAGCCCAAGAUGUCCGCGCUCGAGGCCGCGACGUCGUCCUCCGCGGCGCCGGAGUACCUGGACGACGACCACCGCCUGCUUCUCAAGUCCACGCGCCCGCUGUUGCAGUCGCAAAACGCGGGCGUCGUCAUGGCCGUCGGCGCGUUGCACUUUUACCUCGCGCCCAUCUCGGACAUCCCGAAAGUGCUUCGAGCGCUCGUGUUCGCGAUGCGAUGCAAACCGGAGUCGCAGCUCAUCAUGCUGAAGAACAUCUGCGCCAUGGUCGCGACGCAGGCGAGCUUGUUCCGGACGCACUUCGCCGCGUUCUACGUCCACCCCGCGGACUCUUUGGAGAUGCGCGCGUUGAAGCUCGAGAUUCUCACGCACGUCGCCACCGCGGAGAACGCCCCCGCGUUACUCCGCGAGCUCCAGGCGUACCUCCGAUCGUCCAACUACGAGUUCGUCGCGCUGACGAUCCGCGCGGUCGGGCGGUGCGCGGCGAUCAUGCCGCAGAUCGCCGCGGUGUGCGUGCGAUCGCUGCUCGAGCUGUCGUUGCACCCGAGCGAAAAAGUCGCGGGGGAAGCCGUCGUCGUGAUUCGCGCGCUCGUGCAGCACAACCCCGGGGAGCACACGCACAUCGUCAUGCGGUUGGUGCGCAGGUUGGAGAUGCUGCUCGCGCCCGCGGCGAGGGCCGCGGUCGCGUGGCUCGCGGGCGGGGAGCUGUACCACCGCGGGAAGUUCCUCGAGCUCUCCCUGGACGUUGUACGCCGCGCGAUCAAAAACUUCGCGAGCGAGUCCGACCUCACGAAGCUGCAGAUUCUGAACUCGACGUGCAAGCUGUACGUAAAGGACCCGACGCGCGUCGGGCCGCUCCUGAAACAUCUCUUCGACCUGUGCGCCGCGGAUCCCAGCGUGGACAUCCGCGACCGCGUGCGCGUCUUCAAGGCGAUGUUCGCCGUCGGCGGGAACGCCACGCCGCUCGCGACGCUCAAGGAGAAGGUGGUGCUGUGCGAGAAGGCGGCGCCGAGGUUGCCGUCGCCCGCGGCGCCGACGUGCGCGCACGCGCUCGGAUCGCUGUCGCUCUUCGUCGAGCACGCCGCGCCGGGGUAUCGACCGCUGCCGCCGCACCCGCUGACGCAGCCGAGCCGGGCGGUCAGGGAGCAGUACUACAACGCCGCGAACGCGAGCUCGAGGGACGACGGAAGGAAGGGGAGGAAAGGAGGGUUUUACAGCGAGAGCGAGAGCGACAGCGGGAGCGGAAGCGCGUCGUCCGCCGGGUCGGAUUCCGAUUCCGAUUCCGAUUCCGACUCGGACUCGGACUCCGACUCGGACUCGAGCUCGGGCUCGGGCUCGGGCUCGAGCUCGGACUCGAGCUCGGGCGGCGACUCGGACUCGGGCCCGAGCGACGCGGGGAAGAAGGGGAAGGUGAAGAAGGACGCGGACGACUCGGAUUAGACGGGGGGCUUCGGAUUGGUUGUACGUGUGCUAUCAUACGCGAAAACGUUGUUG